CCAUGCAUAUGCUGCCUCCCACUACCUUUUGUUUUUCCUUUUGUUUUUUUUUUUCUCCACGUUGCUACCAGCUUUGUUUGAUGCUUUUCUAAUCCAACACACACUACUAGCUACACUCUGCAGUCUGCACUCGCCUGGAAAAAUUAUGGCCACAAAACCCUUCCGGCGAAACGGCGGCGGAGGACCAUCCCGGCCAAGUUCUUCAGAAAAUGGACCACAAUUUUUCAAGUUCAUUAUCUUUUCCCAUGAACUCACCAGACUAAGGUUUCCCUUGAAGUUCGCUACAAGGCAUGGAAGGAAUCUGCCCAAGGUGGCCUGUCUUGAGGUCCCAACUGGAGAAGUGUCCAAGAUUCACGUGGUCCAUGAUUCCCAAGGUCGAAUUUGGUUAGCCAAAGGCUGGGAGGAAUUCACCAAGAACUACUCCAUUCGAGAAGGCCACUUUCUGGUGUUCAGAUAUGAUGGGGAAUCCCACUUUCGUGUUCUCAUAUUUGACAAGACUGCUUCAGAAAUUGAAUACCCACAGAUUAUUGUUUCCCAUAGUGGUGUUGAGAGCCUGGAGGAUUUAGCCCAGAAUUGUGGCCCGAACAAGAGAAAGAGGCAAGAAGAUGAUCAGACUGAGAGUUUCUGCAACAGAUUCAACCAUGUGAGAGUGAAGGUUGAGAACUCAUCAGAUGAUGAGGAUGAGGGCUCACCUCCUCUGAUGACUCCUAAAAUCAUUACUGCUGAGAAACAGAGCUUGGUUAAGACGGCAGAAAUGGAUUAUUCAGCCUAUCAAAGGGCAAAAGCUUUCAAGUCUAAAAACCCUUUCCACAUUUCUGUCAUGUCUUCAUCUUAUAUUUCCUCUAGAAAUGGCAGAUUAUAUAUUCCCUUGUCAUUUGCUAAGAAACACUUUCUUGGUCAGUCGUCUAAUGAUUUCGUGCUGGUUUCGGGUGGGAGAUCAUGGCCUGCAAAAUGCGCCCUGAGUAGAAACUGUGCCAGAAUUAGUGGAUGGAAGGCAUUCGCCGUGGACAACAAAUUAAAAGUAGGCGACGUUUGCAUCUUAGAGAUCAUGAAAAGCAAGAAAUUGACUGUGAACAUCAUUGUAUUCCCAGCAGAUGAGAUACAUGAUUAAGGAUGCAUACUUUGGUUAUUAGUAAUUGCCUCCUUCAGGUUGUCCUCUUAAGUGUGACUUGUGUUAGACUGUUAGUGUAGUACUGUGUGAGGUUAUGGAGUAGGGUGUAGUUAGAAAAGUAAAGGAAAAGUGUCAAAUUGGCCCCUAAGUGAGGUGGAUAGUGCAAUUAGGCCCCCUAAUUGAAAAAAGCUCUAUUCAAGCCCCCUAAACCGGCAAAAAAGUGCAAUUGAGUCCUAAAUGACUUGUUUAUCAUGUUACUACUCCUUGGACUGAAAUUAAGUGCUAAACUUUGUAAUUUGUAUCACAUUUGGUCAUAAUGUCAA